AAGUGUUGGAGUUGUGCCUGCUUACUUAGUACUUAGGAUGAGUAUAAUUAUGCUUGUUGCUGCUGUAGGCUUCGUCAUACUCCUACUUGAUUCUUUUUGAGGCUUCACCUAAUACGCCAUCCAGGUGUGAGAUCUAUAUUCAUACCCAGCUAGUAACGCUUCUUUAUCUUGCUGGUUGCCAUGGAAGGCUUCACCCCAUACUUCAAGCGAUGACUUCCGCACAUGGGCCGCUAUUGAUGUCCACAAGUCCAUGAUGCUGCUGGCAUUCGAUAUCAUCUGCGACGUUGGGUUCAGUGCGGAUACACACUCUAUGAAGAGACAUCGAAAGAGCCUUCAACAAUGUGUACGAGUAGAUUCCGAGAAUAGCGCUGAGAAUGUGAACUGGUUCGAAACUAUGGAAGCCAUCAUUAGUACCACAGGUCUAGAUAUUCGGAAUAUUCUACCGUUUUGGAUGCAGCAGCAUCUGGUCAAACGCGCGGCGACAGCAGUGUUCAUCAAGCAGCGUUCGAAGCUGUACAAACUCGUGGAUGACAUCAUCAAAGUGAAGCGUGCAAGCGCGGAAAAGGGCGACAAGAAUGCGAAGGCUGACCUGAUGUCCUUCCUAAUCGCAGGCGAUGGGAGUGUGGAUGGGCUCACCGAUAACGAACUGCGCAGCAAUGUCAUCACCUUCAUUGUGGCGGGCCAUGAGACAACCGCCGUGUCCCUGGCUUGGUGUUUCUAUUCUUUGGCCAAAGAACAGUCUGUACAGGCCAGGCUCAGAGACGAGAUCCGCGUGGCACUAAGCAGCAAGACGGGUGAGCGACUUACCUACACGGAAAUCGAGGGGAUGGAAUACUUGAAUUGUGUCACCAAAGAGAUCCUGCGAUUGUAUCCCGCAGCGGCACUGGUACCCAGAGAGAGUAUCAAUGCGGAUGUACUGGGCGGGUAUCAGAUACCUCCGAACACAACCAUAAUGCUAGCACCAUGGGUAACUCACCGGUCAGGUGACUGGGAUCAGCCACUGAAGUUUAUACCCGAACGUUGGAUUGGCUGGAGCGGGCCUUCAGGAGUUAAGCGACUGUCCUACAUGCCCUUCUCGUCCGGUCCAAAGAUGUGCAUCGGUCACAGACUAGCAACACUGGAAAUGAAAUGCGCACUCAUCGAUGCUGUCAAUAAGUUCGAGUUGAAGCUGUUGCCUGGGUUUGUAGUUAAAGAAAAACUGCGCGUCACACUGAGGCCCGAACCGUCCAUGACACUUCUGGUUAGCGAGAUACCAUAACAGCUGGGCUAUAUUCUAUAACGGAGGAUGGUACGCACACGCGCGUAUGUGCACAACAGGAUACGCAGACAUACAAACACAGACACGAGUAUAGAUACGUACUCAGGUUCAUGGCACGCAUGUACGAGUGCAUGCCUGCAUUGGGCUGAGCUCCGGGGAUGGCUGACGUUGCUGACAAGAGUUGAGUUGAGUUGAGUCCGGCAGUGAAGACGGAUUCCCCUAUACUUAGGUCUACAUACAUAUAUCCAUACAUCCAUACAUACAAUAUGUAUCUAUCUAUCUGCGAUAGUGUGCAGCCACCCACUGAAUUGAGUCCCUGGGAUUGUCCUGCAUAGUUGUCUAAGAAGAAUAGGCUGUAACGCACAUCCUCUCGCAUCUGUGUCACACCGUGUGGGAUGGUGUUGUCGUGUACUGUGGCAGAUCCGGCGACACGCACCGGUGUUUUAAACCCCGCCUGGGUGGUGUAUACUAUAUUGCCACCUAUGUAAUCGGCCCCAUCCCGGUUCAACAGUACCUGGGAGAACCAGAAAAUGGGUCGAAAGUCUGAAUUUUGGCAGAAAAAUGAGCACAAGACGUAAUAUAAUUAAAAAUAUACGAG